CAAACACUCCCACUGACACUUGGAAAAAACAAAAAAGAAUGUACUUGCAAAGGAUGAUUCAUAGCCACAAUGCAACCUCUCAUUUAAACUACAAUGAGGAAGUCCUAUCAAAGGGCCUGGCCAGUCCUAGAGCCACACUCAAACAGACAAUAGCAGAAAAGAAACUCAACAGUAUGGAAAAAACUGCAAGACCAGUGAAGGAAAACCCAGUGGAUUUGGAACCCACCUCCUUUCAAAUGCAACAACUUCAGGCCCAUGGCUUCCAAGCCUUCACAAGAAUGGAUGACCCCAAAAUGAGGUUGAAAAACAAAAAUGAGACCAGCCAAGAAGAAGUAGCCAGAGACGCAAACGAAUGGCACGAAGACUGGACCUCCUAA